ACCUUCACAACCGUCUGGUAACCGGAGAACGGGAGCCCCUUUCGCUACUCCUUUUAUCUUUACCUUUACUUCGUCUUCCUCUCCCGUCCUAAAAGCUCGCAGAAGAACUACAGAGAGACAGCGACAAAGUUGCUGAGAUCGAAAGGAGACGCAGAUGAAGCUCAAAGGAGUCGCCUUUCAUCUUUUUCUUCAAAAACAUGUGAUCAAGUUCUGUUCUUUUCCACAAAACCUCUUCUUUUAAUAAAUCUCCGCAAUACAAUAUUUUCUGAAAUCCUUUUCAGGCGCAUGCAUGGCUCUUGCAUCCCUAUGUAAAUCCUAUCACAUCUUCAUUAACCUCUCUUUCAUUCUCGUAAUCUUCUUCUUCCUCUUCUCCUCCAUCCUCUCCUCUUCAACUCAAUCCAUCUCUCUCUCCUUCAUACUCAAGCGCUCUUCCCCUAACGAUUGCAGAGCAAUAGAAGCUUUAGAAGAUAGCGAAAGCAAGUGUUCCUACCUCAAAAUCAAUGACGACUGCGGCACUCGCGGCUACUUUGAUUACCUCCAGCUAUUCUACUGUGUCUUCGGCAAUUCUCCUCUUCUUGGCUACAUCAUCCUUUUCCUCUGGCUUCUGGUUCUUUUCUACUUGCUUGGCAACACUGCUUCCCAAUACUUCUGCCCCUCCCUUGAGGGCCUCUCCCGUGUGCUGAAUAUCUCCCCCACCAUCGCUGGUGUCACCCUCCUCUCCCUCGGCAACGGCGCACCAGAUGUCUUCUCGAGCAUAGUAUCCUUCGCCGGUGGUGGCCGUGUCGGCGAAGUUGGCCUUAGCAGUGUUCUCGGCGGUGGCUUCUUUGUAUCUAGUGCCGUCGUCGGUGUUAUCAGCAUCUGUAUCGGCGGCAGCUCGCGGCGCCAUGUUGUCGCCGUCGAUGGUUUCAGCUUUAUCAGAGACCUGUGUUACCUGCUUGUCACCCUCUCUUUCCUUCUCCUGAUACUAGUCGUUGGCCGAAUUCACAUAUUGGGGUCAAUCUUCUUCAUUUCUCUGUACAUUCUCUAUGUUAUCAUCGUCUCCACUUCCCAUUGUUGUAAGGAUGAGCUUGGAUUGCCAUUGUUAGAGUCUAUUGAGGUGGAGCAGCUUCAGUUCGUUGAAGAACCUCUUGAAAACAAAGAAAUUGAAGCAAAGCUGAGCUUUUUAAAUCUUAAGGCAGCCUCAAGCUGGUUCCUUUUCUUGGUAGAGCUUCCGCUCUUUCUCCCAAGAAGAUUAACAAUCCCGAUUGUGACAGACGAGAGAUGGUCUAAACCAUUUGCUGUGGCUUCUGUGACACUAUCACCAAUUCUUCUUGCAACUUUAUGGAAUUCUCAAACAGGGUGUAUAUCUUCAGAACAAAGCAUCACAAUCUUCCUCUUUGCUGCUUUAUUUGGAAUGAUUCUAGGAUUUGCUGCCAUGGAAGGAACUGAAAGAUCUCAUCCCCCGAAGCUCUUACUACCAUGGCUUGCAGGUGGCUUUCUGAUGAGUGUUGUGUGGAGCUACAUGGUAGCAGGGGAGCUUGUUUCUCUUCUGGUCUCCUUUGGGCAUAUAAUUGGGGUAAGUCCUUCUGUUCUAGGAGUCACAGUUUUGGCUUGGGGGAAUUCUCUUGGUGAUCUCAUUGCCAAUGUGACCAUGGCCAUUAAUGGAGGAGAGGAUGGAGCUCAGAUUGCAAUUUCUGGUUGCUACGCUGGUCCAAUUUUUAAUAUUUUGGUUGGGUUGGGGAUGUCACUUGUCCUUUCUUCUUGGGCUUCUUAUCCUGAAGCGUUUGUGAUUCCUGAGGAUCCUUCUCAGUUUGUGAUUAUUGGAUUUCUUAUAGGGGGACUGUUGUGGGCUCUGGCUAUAUUACCAAGGAAAGGGAUGAAGCUGGAUAGGAAUUUGGGGGUUGGAUUACUGACCAUUUACUCCUGUUUUCUUUGCUUGAGGCUGCUUGAAAGCCUUGGUGUGUUGAAGCUUGCAGUUUCUUGAUAUGUAUUUGAUCUUUUGGAUGAUUCAACACUAAAGUAGAUUUGAAAUAUCCAAAUGUAUUGAAUCUCAGCUAUCUAAAAUAGAUAUGCACUCCUACAAUUAUUGGUAUAUUUAUCUCCUGUUGUUUCAAAUGUAGUGUGAAUGUUCUGGCUUUAGGCAGCUCACCUUGAUCUGUUGGUCGGGAGUGGCUACCAAUCAAGAGGACUUAAGUUUAAGUCUUGCGUAUGUGAUGUGCGUGUGAGUUUGCCUUAAUUGGCCUAAAUGUCACAAAAAAAAAAAAAUUGUUCUA